AUGCAAACAUUUAGGCUACUCAGUACCUUAUUUUGCAUUCUAGGAACAUUGGAGUGCCCGGUAUAUCCGACAGACUUAGUAUUUGCCUUGGAUAUAUCUCAAGACACGACACCCCAGAUAUUUGAGCAGAUGAGAGAGAUGGUCAUAGCAGUUGUGAACAAUACCCAAAUAAGGGAAAGCAACUGUCCAGUGGGAGCCAGAGUCGCCGUUGUGUCCUACAACUCCGAUACCCAUUAUCUAAUCCGCUUCUCGGACUUCCACAAUAAGCAACGUUUGCUGGAGGAGAUAGCUAAGCUUUCUUACCAGAGGUCAACCGGCAGACGGGACACUGGCGCAUCCAUGAGGUUCGUGGCCAGGAAUGUUUUCAAGAGAACUCUCCCAGGUGCUAACAUGAGAAAAGUUGCUGUCUUCUUCAGCAACGGCCCAUCGAACAAUGGAGAUUCUCUCAGCACAGCAGUCCUGGAGUUCAGCGCCUUUGACAUCCACCCAGCGGUCAUUGCUUUUAAAACUAUCCCUAGCAUCUAUCGUGCUUUUGCGAUAGGUGACACAAGACUGUUUCAAGUUAUUCAACCUGAGAGAGAUUAUACUCCGGCCUUACAAAGACUUCAGUCGUGUGUACUUUGCUAUGACAAAUGCAAACCAGAUAGCUCUUGCUUCCGCGCUGAAACCCCCCGUGCUCGGGGCUAUGUGGACGCCGCUUUCAUUUUGGAAAAUUCAAGGAAAAUAAGCCCAGUGGAAUUUCAGAAACUGAAAGAUUUUCUAAGCGCAGCGCUUGACAGCUUUGACAUCUCUGCUGAACCAGAGACCUCUUUGACAGGGGACAGGGUGGCUGUGCUGAGCCAUGCUCCUCUAGAAUUCAGGCCCCGCACCCAGAGGAGUCCAGUAGAGAUCGAGUUUGACUUUUUGACUUACGGCAGUAAACUACGAAUGAAGAGACACAUCCAGGAGUCUAUCCAGCAGCUAAAUGGAGUGGCUGCUGUUGGCCAUGCCAUACAGUGGACCAUUAGCAACAUCUUUUCUGAAGCACCCAACCAGAGAAAAUACAAGGCUAUCUUUGUUGUUUCUGUUGGAGAAACAAGUCGAUGGGACAAGGAAGUGCUGAGGGAUUCAGCUCUGAGAGCCAAGUGCCUGGGCUACGCACUCUUUGUGCUUUCAUUAGGAGAUGAAUAUGACAACGUGGAAAUUGAAGAACUAGCAAGCCUGCCCCUGGAACAUCACGUGGUGCAGCUUGGACGAAUUCACAAGGCUGAACUUGGAUAUGCAGUGAAGUUUCUGAAGCCAUUUCUACGCCUCCUUAAGAGCGAAAUGAACAAGUAUCCACAAGCACAGCUCAAGAGAAAAUGUACAAGCAUUAGCGAACAAAGGCCUCUGUAUGGUCCACCCAAACGCAUUUUUGCUGUUGACAACACUAUGUCAAAUGGAGCUAAGCUUCUAGAUGCCGGAUCUGCUUUUUGGGAGCCCACACCAUAUGAUUUCGUAACCCCUGGAAAUCCCUUCAGCAGUGGACAGCAGAUCAUUGUACCUGGAAAUUAGCAAUGUGUUUGGGUUGGAAACUAUGCCUCUGCAGCAACUUGUGAAGUACUGCACUCCCAUUUCUAUUGCCGUUGUCGUUGCUAAUGACUUUGCUCAUUGAUUCAUUUGUUCAAGAACUGGAAACAAAUCUCUAUUAAAAACAAAGACAAAUUGAAUACAAUUUUGGGAGGGUGCAAAGUGAUAGUUCUAACAAGACAGGCUGAAGAAUGAAGUAUGUUUUCCUGUACAUUAGAAGGUUUUCAUCUGUGAAUCCACCUCCUGCUUGUUUUGAAUUUCCUUUAGAAGAGUGAAAAUUAAGGAGCGUAGAAGCCACAAUUCCUUUGUUGUUUCCAGAGGUUUUCUGGCUUUUAGCCUAAUCAAUGCACAAACUGAUGUGCUGUAUUUUGUAGUUGGGAACUUGCUAACCUACCCAGCACUGUUGAGUUUGCUAUAUGGAAUAUGUCCAUACUUGCAAGUGUCUCUUAGCUGUGACAUCAUCAGUGAUAGUUCCCUCAUUUCCACUUGCUCAGACCUGAACCAUUUUUAAUAACUCUUCUUAAAAGUUCGUUUUGUUUCCUGAUUGUAUUUGUUAGUGUCCUUGGAUAGCUGUGCUCUCUGAAGACAGUCCAGCCAAAAAAAAAUAUUGAAUGCCAAUCUGAUGUUGUAAUGCAAUAGCAGUGGAAGGUUGCUUUUUUGUACAGCUGAUUCUUUAAUUUUGUGCUCAUUUUGUGCAUGGGAUGAUAUGAUGUUGUGUGGGGAUUUACUCAUUUCACUGUGACGCUCGUUUCUAAUCUGCACUUUGGACUUGAGGUAACGGGAAACGCAUGCCGUGCAAGUGUCAAAUGGGCUGAGUCAGCACACUGAAAACUUGUCCCCUAUCAGGGAUGCCUCUUUCGCUCUAUCCCAGAUAGCUCAGUGGUUGUGGAUUAUAAAGGGGCUACAAAUCGAUGCAAGAAUGUGUGCAAAUAAAGUUGAUCUCGGAAUCAAAACGGGUGAAAUUA